AUGGGUAAAACAGCACCCAUCUUUUUCAUUUUUGUUCUAACAAUCAUUACUCAUGUUUCUCUUAUGCUAAACUUAGCCAUUGCAGGUAAUCCAAAAGGGUUUACGCUGAGGAUGAUUUAUAAAGACUCCAACGAAUCACUUUUUUACGAUCCUGCUGAUAUUCGUUUAGCACCGGGAGAAAGAUUUCAAGCGCUGAUUGACCAAUCAAGAAGUCGAGCACAUUACAUCGGUUCACAAGUAUUAUUACGCAAUAAAAAUGUGACGAUGAACCCCGAUGUUGUACGUGUGCCAGUAGUACCUGAAGCAGCAAUGUGGUACGUUGGAAUGGUAGGUAUAGGUACAUUUCCUACAUCACCACCAUAUAUGAAUUACUAUCUGAUGAUUGAUUCGGGUAGUGAUCUUACUUGGCUUCAAUGCCACGGUGCCACAAAAACUUUCAAUCAAGAUGCCCUUCUUUAUCCUUGGGAGUAUUCGCAGACAUAUCAUCCCCUUCCUUGCCAUACUCAUCCUGCAUGCACGGGGGAUAGUUGCAAUACCAAUGGCGAAUGUGUUUACCGAGAAGCUUAUGCAAGCGGUGCAGUUACGACUUGUGUUAUUGCUAAAGAAACAUUUAGUAUAACUGGUGGUGGCGCCUUUGAAACUCUUCAACUACUCAUGGGCUGUGGUUUUCACCAACACAAUUUUGUUGAUCUCGGUAACAACCGCCGGCUUAGAAACGGAAAGCCUGAUCUUAUUGCCGGAAUACUUGGUUUGGGAAGAGGACCAUUGUCUUUUAUAAAUCAAUUAGGUGCUGAUGGACAAGGUAAAUUUUCCUACUGCUUGGAGAAACGUAGCGAAAAUAUUUACGCAGGAGGCACAUAUUUAAGUUUUGGUGCAGAUGCGACAAUUGGAAGCGGAGGUCAAAUAGUGCAUAGAACUCCCAUAGUAGUACCCGAGAUUCAGUUUCAGACAUCGGCUUAUUACUUAAAUCUAGAGGAUAUCAGUGUGGGAUCCAAUAGAGUAGGUUUUCGGAGCAGAGAUUUUGAGCUUAAAGAGGAUGGACGUGGCGGUUGUGUCAUAGAUUCCGGGACUCCGUAUACCGUAAUGUAUAAAGAUCAUUUUGAUAGAGUUGCAAAGUUGGUGGUGGCAUAUUUUAAACAGAAUCGUAUGCGUGUUGCUGCACCCACCGGAGAUGGUCUUUGUUUUGUUAUAUCCAGAAGAGACUAUACAGUUCCCAUCAUAAAAUUUCAUUUUCAACAGCAGGGAGAAUUUGUUGUUUUAGAGACCGGUUUUCUGCCAAUCGGUGGAAAUGUUUGUUUAGCUAUAGCUCGAUCGGAAUCUGAUACGGGGCCAGCUUUUAUUUUAGGAGCAAUCCAGCAAAUUAAUAAGAGAAUUUUGUAUGAUAGUAUGAGUAUGACACUCUCAUUUGCUGAUGAGAUAUGCUAA